GUCCCCAGCGGAGAAGUUUUUUUUUUUUUUCCCGUAGGCGGAACACGAAGAUAAAUAAUAAACAGCCGAAAUGAGGAAGAAAAAAUUUUAAAAUUUCCUUCUCGCGUUACGUUUUUUCUCGAAACUCGACGAUCGUUCGCAGUGUAGUCAGUGUACCCCCGCGGCGCGUCCGCGACCCGAUACCAUACCRUCGUGUCUCGUGUGCCGUCUGUCCGACCGACAGACAGACAGACCGACCGACCGUAUWUUUUCAAAGUGUGGUAAUCUUUAUCGUCCAUCGCGUAUCGCGUGCGACGUGCACGGAGGAGUUGUGACGACGAUGUACGACGCGUGGUCGUACGGAUAACGACAACAACAGGAACAACUACAACAACAACAACAAUAAUAAUAAUAAUAAUAAGAAAAUUAAAAAACAGUGCAGAUGUGUCGGUUGGAAAUCUUCGGUACUUCGUCGUUGUUAUCCGAAAUAUUCGACACCCGGAUCUGAUGUUGAGGAUUUAAAUCGCUGGGAAAAAAUAUACAAAAUGGCAAACAAAGAGAUUUGGUUCAGUUAAAACUGUUAUGGAAGCUGUACAACAAACAGUUAUACAUCUGGAUCGUGCUGCAAUGCCUUCACAAGCUCAAAUGGCUUAUCCUCAAAGAAAUCCUCAAAUUCACGGGAGAAAUGUUAAUCAUGGUGUAGUUCAAGUACCAGGUGAAAAUGGGCCAUACAAGCCCUCUGCUGGUACUGGCCAAGUUCAUAAUAAUUUUGUUGGGUACCCUGCCAAUAUACGAUAUGUUUCUCAACCUGUGUACAUGUCGUCUACAACUACAGCAUCAAAUGUGUAUAGAGAUGCGCCUUUUCAUUCUAGAGCAUUAAAUAUAUCUGAUAGAGGAGUUACAAUUGGUGUUCCUUUUGAAUUAGCCAGAAGCGAUAUGAUGCCUACCGUUGCUAGGCAAAAUCGUAUAUCUUUGCUGUCUGCAACAAGUGAUUAUUAUCAACGAAGUCGUAUGCAAAUGGAACAUUAUCGAGAUGAAUCAUUGAAUCAUAACUCUCACAAUACAGUUUCUAUGAACUUUAUGAGAGAAAGACCAGAUCAUGGUCCCCCACCUCCUAUGAAAAAACCAAAAUUACUUCAUCCUAUUUCGCCUCAACCGCCUCUAAAAAUUGAUAUAUCCGAUCCUCCUUCUACAAGUGCAUACAAUCCUCAAGUAGAAGCUAUUUCACCUACUAUUGAUGAACCAAUGCCAGAAUAUAAAGUUACUAAAGUUAAUGAUAUUACUCCAAAAUUAAAUAAACUUGAGAGUGAUAUAAAUAGUAUUAAUCAAGAAAUAGAAGACUUGAUCAAGUUAAAAGAAAAUUAUGAACAAAAAGAAUUGAAUUCAGAAGUUACUAAAAUAGAACCCGAAGAAGAUACAUUAAAAGAAUGUGAAGAAGAAGACCAAAUAAACUUUUUGACUCCAGUUCAACGAAUUUAUGCAUCAAACAGAAAAAAAGCAUUAGAAUCAAGAAUGAGCCUAGAAAAAUUUGCCAAUAAAACUGAUCUUCCUUUGUAUAAUCAACCAUCAGAUGCUGAUAUUUAUCAUGAGAAUAGAAGAAAGUAUUCAUUAUUUAAAUCCACUUUAUUGGAACAUCUAAGGAAAAAGAAAAUGGAGCAACUACARAAGAAAACUGAAAUUACUGAAACUUAUUCUAAACUGUAUAAGGAAUGGAUACGUAGAGUUGAAAAAAUUGAAAGCUCACAAAAAAGAAAAGCCAAAGAAGCAAAACAUAGAGAACUAUUUGAGAAAGUAUUCCCAGAGUUAAGAAAAGCACGUGAAGAUAAAGAAAGAUUUAAUAGAGUUGGUGCUCGUAUUAAAAGUGAAGCAGAUUUAGAAGAGAUCAUGGACGGUUUACAAGAACAAGAGAUGGAAGACAAAAAAAUGAGGUCUUACGCUGUUAUACCACCACUAAUGUUAGACCCUCAUGAACGACAUUUAACUUACUUAAACAACAAUGGACUUGUGUUGGAUUAUAAAACAGAGUAUAAUGAGAGAAAAUAUGUCAAUAUUUGGACACAGCAAGAAAAAGAAGUGUUUAAAGAUCGCUUUAUUGCUCAUCCAAAAACUUUUGGUGCAAUAGCAUCUUUUCUGGAUAAAAAAUGUCCUUCUGACUGCGUACAAUAUUAUUAUUUAAGCAAACCCAAAGAGGAGUACAAAAGAUUAYUACGCAAAGCUAAAUGGCAAGCAAGACGCCGUACUGCUCAAAAUCGGACACCCGCUAAUAGUUCAUUGAAUUCGUUAGACAUUUUAAAUUCAACUUCUAUUGGUGUUACAACUAGACUCCAACGAGAGCGCCAGGGCAGUGAAGCAGCAUCAUCAAAUUUAGCACAAAUUUCUGCAGCUCAAAAUACAAUAGCUGAAAAUGAAGAGACUCCUGCAUCUGUAGAAGUAGAAGUUGCUAUUGAACAAGGUGCUAAUAAUGAAAUCGAAACUUCACUAACAAAUAAAAAUCAAAAUAAUGAAUCUGUUAAAAAUUUGAUACAGACAUCAGUUACAACGUCACACACAAGUGAAUUAAAACCUGAAUCCAAAAAGAAAGAAAGGCGAAAAGAUGAUAAAUUAAAAGGAGAAAAUACAAGUACGACUGAUGAAGAAUUAAUGGAUUCUCAACAUGAAACUGGGUCUAAAGGAGAUGUACCUAAAGGUAUGUGUGCGGUUUGUAAAGCAGAAAAUGUUGCAUGUCCCAGGACUCUUAAUCCAUCAGAUGCAGCACAAUAUGGUGUGAAACCAGAAGAUAUUAUUCCUGGUGCUAGGGUUUGUAACACUUGCCGUUGUAAAGUGGUUCGAUCCCAAAAUCGUCGUGUAAUAUAUUGUCCGUUACCAUCUUGCCCUACUGUUCAGUCAAAUAAUAGAAGACCAGUUAAAAGAUUACGACCCUUACCUGCCAAAUGGAAUACUGCUCAAGAUAUCAUAGCUUCAGAAUUUCAAAUUGGUCCGACAACAACAAAAUGUUGUUCAGCUUGCUUUAAUCGUAUUCAAAGACGAUUAAUGGCACUUGGAGUAGUAGGAACAUCAAGCAAUAUUAGUACUGAUACUUUAGAUGGCUGGACUGAUGAAGAAACCAAUGCAUUAAAGAAAGGAAUUCGAGAACAUGGCACUCGUUGGAGUGAAAUAAGUAAAUUAGUUGGACCAAAUAAGAGCCACUAUCAGUGCAAAGAGUUUUAUUUUAGCUUCAGAAAAAAACUAGGUUUAGAUCUUUUAGUACAGGAGUAUAAAAAGACAAAUGGUAGUGAACAAAAACCUGCUCUAACAGAUGAAGAAGAGUCAGGAUCUAGUACUUCUAGCUGUGAUGAGACUAACCUUGUUUUGUGUGACAGUGAUACUCAAAGUGCACCUUCACCAACAAAUACUUUACCACAGUUAUCUCCUCCACGUGAUACCAAUAGUCCGCUUCAAGCGAAAUUGACUGCUAAAGAGGCUCGUGAUAGUGAAAAUUCUAUUCGAUCUACUGUUGUCAAAGAAGAUUAUGAUAGUUCAGCUACUGAAACUGCUGAUGAAGGGAUUGGAGGUACAGCUGAAAAUGAGUCUAAUGUGUUGCAACAUUCCAAUAACGAAUCUGAGGAAAAAGAAAAGAUUGUAACUGAUUUAAGUGUGUCAGAUAUUUUAUCUGAUGUAAUUGAAAAACAAUUUACUAAAGAACAUUCUAAUCGAGAGAAGGAGAAUGGAUCUAUGCCUACAAUAUCAUCCAUACUUUUGGAUCCUGAGUAUCCUAUUAAAGAUAGAAAUACAGGAUCUAGCAAUAAUGAAAACAAACAACAGUCAAUGGCUACAAUAUCAAUGGUUCCUACACCACCUCGGGAACUUCACAAUAAAGAUGGUUUAGUUGUUGUUCAAGUACAAUCUUCUAAAGUUUCUGAAGUUAGAGUUCCMGAAGGUGUAACUCUUGAUUUAAGUAUCAAAAGACCCAGAGAAGGAGAUUCUUAUUCCGAUCCUCUGCCAAUCAAACAUGCACAACCCCCACCACCACCUGGUGCAAUGUACAGAACUCCUCCCACACAAAUUCAUGAAACAAAUACAUUUUAUUCUCCACAGUAUGCUGAAUUGGGACGAAGUGGCAAGCAAGGUGAAAUAUAUUGGACAAAAAUAUCGCCAGCAAGUAAUCAUGUCAUGGUCCAUCCAUCGCAAUCUGUUCCCCAUGUAACUGUUAAACAGACAUCGCACAUAAAAUUACCAAAUAAGGUAACGUCGCCUCAAUUAUCUGUAGCGAAUGUUGUUUCAUCAAAGUUAUMCCCUAACAUAUUGAAUAAUUCAAAAGCUACUGGAUCCAUCAUGCAUGGUACUCCUGUCUCAGCUGCAACUUUAUACAUGCCUCCACAAUCUAACCGUUAUUCUCAGCCAUCACAAGCUCCUGGUGGUUCUAUUACUCAAGGUACUCCUGUUCACCAACGUAUGUUACACAAUUCAAAUCAAAACAUGAAUGCAGAUUAUUAUCAAAAACGCAAUCCUCAGCCUCAAUAUCAAUCGAGACAGCCUCAUUAUAGUGAGCAACGACAAAUCAUAAUGAAUGACUAUAUUACUUCACAACAAAUGCAUUCUAAUGUUGCUGCUCAAUUUCCUCGAGUUCAAAAACCUCCAGUUACUAGUCAGAUGUACUAUCAACCUACUCGUCAAGGUGUAAUACAACGUCAUAAUACGGCUCCUAAAGCAGCAUCUCCACAAACUUAUCCUCCAGGACACGAAGCCCUAGGAUCUUUGGUUGAUGUUGCAAUAAGACAGCCCAGCUUACCAGUACCUUUAAAUCAUUCUGACGAUAGACAUAGAGAACAAGAUCGCUAUGUAAGAGGUUCUCCAGUUCCAAAACCUCAUAUGUACAGAGAGCAACAAAGACAUGAGCAUAUGCAAAGGGAACGUGAAAUAGCUGUGCAAAGAGAGCGAGAAAUGCAAGCAGUUGCACAAAUUAGAGAACAGCAGCAAAGAGAUCAGUAUAUUAGAGAUAAGCAAAUGAUGCAUCAUCGGCUUACUCCUGAACAACAUUCAAGAAUGGUCGCUGCUUCGUUUCAACAACAACAUCAACGACAGCAAGAACAACCUAGAGUUAUGCAAAUACCUUCUACUGUCUCUUCAUUUCAACAAUCAAGAUCAAAUACUCCCGUAUCUAGGAAUCAAGAACCACCACCCAAUAUACAAAAUAGAGAUAAUGCUGGUAGUGGUAGAGUUUCAAGACAAGGCACAGAAUCCCAUGCGUUAACUGCAGCUAAUUUAAUUGAUGCUAUCAUCACACAUCAAAUAAAUCAGAGUAAUGAUGGAAAUGGACAUCUUCCUAGUGCUGCUCCAGUCACCAAUCAGCAAGCACAUCAACAGCAACGAGCUGGUGAUAAGUUAUUUCAAUCAUUCCCAGAAGCAAAUGAAAAACAAAAUUUAAAACCACGAGGUAGUCCAGAAAUGAGUCGUCCAGGAGAACCAUAUCCACUAGAACAUCCUUUUAAAGAAUAUCCCUUUAAUAACAUGUUAGCUGCGGGCUUUGAGCCUCAUACUUGGAAGCUUCGCCGUGCUCUACAACAAAAAGAAUUUGAACAACAAAUGAAAGAUGACAAUAGUCGAGUUCGCUUUUACCCAACUCAAGCGGAUAAACCUUUAUCGCCUUUAGAUUAUGUUAAAAAUCGGAUUGUUGAAGUAAUGCGCACAUCAGAUGACGACAACAAAAAUGAACAGGCUUACACUUAUCCAUUUUCAGCUGCAAUUAAUAUGUCUGCAUCGGCUACACAAAAAAAUAAUGAAUCAUCUGAUCCAAAUGGUGGUGGUGGUGGAUCUAUGUUAACAGCCCAAUAUGAGCCAAUGUCUGAUGAGGAUUAGUUCUUCCAUAACACAGGGUACAUAUGUGUUUAAAAAGAUUUUUAUGUUUAAAAAUCUAGUCUAGUUUGUUUUUAUUUUUUACUUGUUAACCCAAUUUCACAUUAAUAAUCAUUCAAAGUAAUUCUACUUCAAAACUUACUUAUGUAUUGCUUGUUAAGUAAGUAUAUCAUUGUCUACAUUACAUUUUAUAUUUGUUGUAUAAUAUGUACUUAUGAAAUAAGUAUUGCUGCAUAARUAUAUUUCAUGUAAUCAUCAUAAUAGUUUUUUAAAUGGUUACUGAUUCUUGGGACACAAUAGAAAUUAAUUAAAAACAACCAUUUGUAUUCUGUAAUAUUAAAAUAACCGAUUAGUUGACACAAUGCAUAAUUGUCUUAUUCAAAUUUUUAAUAUGCUUAAAAAGUAAAUUAAUUAUACAGCUCAUUUGUUAAUAUUUAA